AUGAAAAAUAAAUUGUUUAACUUUUUCAAAAGUAAUCAGAAUGCUCGAACUUAUACAGAGAGUGAUUUGAGCUCAGAAAAAUAUUUGUCAACUAAAAAGUGGGAAUGGAGCUACUUACGGAAAGAAUGUCAAAAUUUAGGACUAGACAUUUUCUACAGAACGUACAUCCAUCGAAUGCAGAGAAGCUAUUUGACGCUAAUGUUUUCCAUUCAAAUAUUCGUCGCUAUUACACACAUCGUGAUUUUAUUAGUUGAUGAUGAUUCUUUUAAAUCUUCUGUGAUUCCAGAUGUGCUGAUAUAUGCAUUCAGUCUUCCACUCUUCAUAAUUUUAUUGCUACCAACAUUUGAUAAUGACAUUUCAAAUAAGUGGAAACCAUUUGUGUGUUCAUUCCUUGCUAUAAUGUCACAAACAAUGUCAGAUCUUUCGAUUCCAAUUUACCAUGCAAUACAAGAUACUCAUGAUUUUAUAAAGCCACUAAGGCCAAUGUACGCAAGUCACAAUCUCCUAAUAAUUUAUAUAUUUCUACCAAUAACUGAUAAUGUGAUUGUAUGCAUUAUGGGUCUUAUGACAACAUUGUUUUACUUAAUCGUAAUGACAUUCGUGUCCUAUGCACAUGAAGAGUAUAUGGUCGUCAAAAUUCUCUCCGAAUUCUUCUUUUUCAUGUGCAUCAACCUCAUGGGAUUAUUUUUUCGUCUAACAAACGAGAUAGACAUCCGAAGGACGUUUAUCGACCGACGAGAAUGUGUACAAAAAAAUUUAUCAUUAAAAUUUGAACGAAACCAAGAGAAAGCACUUCUAUUGAGCAUUUUACCAGAGCAUAUUGCCGAAAAAAUGGAAAAAGAUAUUAAAAACAUGAUCGAGAAACUGAAGCAACGAAAGCGCGACCGAUCAUUGUCAAACAUCGUUGAACCAAGAAACCUGGGUGUCUCAACGUUAUUUCCGCUUUCUAAAAGACAAUGGAGUGCAACAAAUAAACUCUACGCAGAAAGACACAGUGACGUCUCAAUACUUUAUGCUGAUGUCGUUAAUUUUACACAAAUGACCACGCAAUUGCCUGUAAGAUUGCUUGUCGAAACGUUACACGAAUUGUUUGUAAAGUUUGAUGAGGCAUCUGCUGAACAUAAUGUACUACGAAUAAAAUUUCUUGGCGAUUGUUAUUAUUGUGUGUCUGGUGUGCCAAUAAAAAAUAAGCGUCAUGCGAAAAAUUGUGUUGAGUUGGGCUUACAAAUGAUAAAAGACAUUCGUGAGUUACGUAUGGAACGACAUUUAGACAUUGAUAUGAGAAUUGGGAUACAUUCAGGCAGCAUCAUUGGUGGUGUUAUGGGAUCAAAUAAAUGGCAAUAUGAUAUAUGGAGUAAGGAUGUCGUAAUCGCUAAUAAAAUUGAAUCAACUGGAGUCAGUGGGAAGAUACACAUCACACAUAAGACAUUAGCACUUUUACAUGGUGAAUAUGCUGUGGAGCCAGGCACAGAUGCUGCUCAAAAUGACCCCCUGCUGCUCCAAAACAAUAUCAAAACAUUCCUGAUUUCCCCAUUCUUUGAUCAAUUUGACGAGAUAUCAAGAAAUGGAUUAACAAGAACAACUUCAGUGUCACAGUUAUCGCACUUUGAACAAAGCGUAAUAAAGAAGAAUUUCAUGCAAAACUCAAUGGAGCAGUUCCGUGAUAUUAUGAGGCAGACGAAUAUUGAGCUAGAGAGAGAAUUGGAGAGGAUGCCGAUUGGGAAGUUUCAAAUCUUAAAAUUCUUCAACCUCCGGAAAAUUGAACCAGAAAUACCAGCAACAACAUUUUAUGGAAGAGACUCGUUCUCAGAACCUGAAGAUUUUGGCUAUCAAGGCCAAAAAAUGAAUCAAAUUUCAAAAUUUUUCCUGAGAUUUCGAAGGAAUCGAAAUUGGGAGCUACCAUUUUUAAAUGAACCUGACUACCUCCUUAAGUAUAGCAUGAUGAUGAGUUUUAUUGUCUUGUCGAUAAUUUUGACAAUUCAAGUUAUUAAUCGAUCAAUGAGCGCAAUGUUCUUUGUGUACACAAGCAUCUCAGCCAUAUUGAUGUUUGCACUUGUCGUCAUAAUUUGGUAUAAGAAAAUUUGGGACAUAUUUUCUCCAGUUCUAGAUGCUGAUCCAACAAUGAUUAGACCUCCAGACUCUAGUUUUAAUAGGAAAAUAUACGGCUUUUCAUACAAUAUAAUGUCCAGUGCCAUUUGGAGGACAAUAAUCUACUUAUUUGUCGUAUCGAUUCUGUUUGUUGUUUCUCUGUUACACUUGAUUGAGGGCUGCAGUGAUUACAUUAAAGAAGCAGAAACUCAGGAACGCUCCAAUGUCUCAUAUCAUGAUGAUUCUAUAUUUACUGAUGACUAUCCAUUGUGUUUAAAUUCUUGGUCUGUGACGCAUUGCAUUGUGCUGACAAUCUCCAUAAGUUUCUUAUUUCUACGGAUUCAUUUUAUUCUUAAACUUUUAGUAGCGUUGAUAAUUGAUGGAACUUAUUACUAUGUGAUCUUUUAUCGCUAUGGAAGCAUUUAUGAGGUCGGAGCAACAGUUAAUACUAACUUAGAUCCACGGAUUGCACAUUAUUUUAAGGUGAUAGUUGCAACAGUAAUUUUCCACUUGAUUGAUCGUCACUCGGAGUACAUUCAACGUGUUGGCUUCAUAUGGAAGCAGCAGCUACUUGAGAAGAAAGAAAUGGCUGUGCUUACAAAAGAGACGAAUAAGAUUCUCGUAUAUAAUUUAUUGCCAGUUCAUGUCGCUGAAUUGUAUCUUUCGCAGCAAUAUCGUAAUGAUUUGUAUAGUGAGGAGUAUGAAAAUGUUGCGGUCAUGUUUGCAACAAUUAUGAAUCUUAAUCCAUCAGCAGACACAAUGGAGAGUGAGCAUAGCAUAUUAAAGAACUUCAACGAGAUCAUAUGUGCGUUUGACGAGAAGUUGAUGACAUUUGGAGCUUAUCAAAAGGUUGAAAAGAUCAAAGUUGCAGGAUGGUCAUAUAUGGCAGCAUGUGGGCUCGAUCCUGGUCGUGGUGACUCAACAAACUCAUAUAAAGGCUUGGCAGAUGGCCGACGGAGUUUAAAUAUGAAUUUAAUAUCGCGAACGCCAGAGGUUCGUAAACAGAAAAUUAGUCUGCGGCAGUCCAAUAAUGUUGUCUUGAUUCUUGUGGAGUUUGCACUUGAACUCAUGCGUGUUCUGAAGCAAAUUUGCGAUGAGAAUGAUAAUUUUAAGAAUCGAUGUUCACUUCAACUUCGUGUUGGUAUAAGUCAUGGAAAAGUGAUGGCAGGUGUAAUUGGCGCUAGUAAACCACUUUAUGAUAUUUGGGGAAAUUCAGUCAAUAUGGCUUCGAGGAUGGACAGCACGGGAAUUCCAGGUUCCAUCCAGGUGACGGAAGAUACAGCAAGUAUUUUAAUGAGAUUCGGAGUUGAUUGUAAAUCACGUGGAGAUGUUUACGUUAAGGGAAAAGGCAUGUUGCCUACGUAUUUAGUAUCAAUAAGUGAGGAAUUGGAAUUCGUAAAAGAUGAUUUUAGCACAAAACAAAUUUCAUUUGAAACAAAGCUUUAA